ACAGUAGAUGGAGCAGAGCGAUAUGAAGGAAGUUGAGCGUACAGUCGGCUCUUUCCGUUUGUACCACGUUGUCGGGGUUCUGUCCCGUCUUAACGCUCCGGAUAUUCCCUAAACAACAUGUGAGUUUGGACAGUACACGUGGGACAAACACCGGAAACAGGUCCAAUGCACGGACGCGGCGUUUUCACGUGUGUAGUCGUCGCUCUUUACUGGAUCCUUCUCGGCUUCUCUGUCGAGACCCAGCGACAACAUGUCCUCGUGGUCAGACAGAAAUGGUCCAAUCUUGACAAGAAGCAGAUCUUGCCAUGGAUGAACCUCUCAACAGUUUUGGUCAACGGUUAUGGUGCGUGUGUGCAUCUCUGCCUGCGCAUAAAGCCCCUGUCAGCCAAUAAAACCCUACGGAUCCAGUUCACUGAAUCACCAAGUAGAAAAUUCCGCACGCUUUUGGUCCAGAAAGGUCAUCAUGACAACACUAUUCAGUGGAAACAGUUGUUUGAUGACCAUAGUAGGACCGUUAAAAUCAGAACUCGCUCUACCAUCAGUGACCAUCUGGAUGUCCAAAGAAGACGCGUGUGGGAGUUGAAGUAUGACUGUUUUAUGGCCCAGGUGGGCAAUACUGUCCAUGUGGCUGUGGAUGACUUCAACCAAACCCUCAUUACCGACUCGUACACUAUAAAGCGCCCACCAGAAGAAGUCCUAGUGCCUGUGUAUAAAGUAACAUUGGACAUCUUUGCUAAACGGUUUAUUGUUGGCAUGGAAGCAGGCCAAAAAGUGCACAUCAGGCUGUGCUACGCCACCAAAACAGUGUGUAAGGGAUUCGUAUCCCAUAAAAUCGAUACUGAUAUUAAUAGCACAGUCACUUUAAAUUUUCCUUCUUUGGUGCCGUGUGUCUGUGUGCAGACGUAUUACACUGGAGUCGAUACCAAAAGAAGCACCAUCUGUCCACUAAACGGCAAAAUACUGCCAGGAGGUGGAGAAGUGUUGUCCAGCAGCUCACUGGUGCUCUUUGGGAGCUCCUUUCUCAAAUGGACCCAUCUUUGCCCCUCAAAAGUGUUCAAACCAACCGUCUCUCUCUGCUGGCAACAUACAAGAAACCACUCGCAGUGUGUUUCUGUGCAAAACUCCACCAUGCAUAUGAAAGACCUGAAAUACAACGUGUCUGAUGUAGAUAAGCACGCCCACAUGUGUUUGAAGUUUUUUCUGAACGACAGCUAUCAUGUCUUCUGCCCUUUCAGCUCAGGUGAUUUAUCUGAAUGGGACGUUACAGUGGUUCCUGGAGCUCGGCGUCUGCAUGUACGACUGUCCUCCAGUAUCCCAGCAUCCUUUGCUGCCCAGCUCUGUGUGGAAGAAAGGGGAGCGUGUGCCAUGAAGGAAAAUGUGCACACUGUUCAGAUGGAAGGUGGUGCUAGAGAUGUGGAGCUGACUGUGCCUCUUCCCUUUUUCACCGCAGGACUGUGUGUGCAGGUGUGGCGGUCUGAGCCCGCUCUCCGUGGAAGGAGAAUCAUAUGCCCUGAUUAUACUCACAGGAGAUGGGGUCUUAUUUUUGCUGCUUCACUGGCUCUCCUGGUUGCCAUAACAACCGUGGGCUUCCUCGUCUACACUUUGAUCAAACGGAGGACAUCAGUUUGGCGCUCUGCUGAAAGAAAACCUGUUUUGCUGGUCUGCUCUUCUGAUGAAACAAGUCAUGUUUCAGCGGUGUGUGCCCUAGCCUAUGGUCUGCAGGAGGAGCUGCGCAUGGACGUGCGCCUGGCUCAGUGGGCCCACUGUAGCACUCUGACCUCUUUGGCCCGACUGGGCCCCACACCCUGGCUGUACGGCCAGUGCCAGCAGGUGCACAGUGUAGGUGGCAUGGUACUCAUUGCGUGGAGCCCUGAAGCCCAGCAGACUUUCCUCCGAUGGCGGGAGAGAGGGCAUGAAGGAAAAGUGGACCUGGGACAGAAGGACAAAGUGCUGCUAGAAGAAUGGAGGGAUAAACAGGGACCAAGAUGGGCAGAGAGCCAGUCUUCUAUCACAGCUCCAGUGUUUAAUGCCAGCCUCAUAAGCAUGUGGGCGGGACUCCAGAGUGAGAAACGUGGUCAAGGGUUUGGUCUUGUGUGCUUCCGAGGCUUAAGUGAAACACGGUGUAUUCCGAAGGAGCUCAGAGGCAUUCGGAGAUACUGCCUUCCGAGAGAUCUCUCAAACCUGAUUCACGAACUGGAUGUAAACGUACACGGGCCAAGAAGCAGGGUCCAAAACCUGAGUAGUUGGUGCUGUUGGCCCCGCCUUUUAUCCAAGGGACUGUCUUUCUGGUUGUCGAAGAGGCUCGCUCAGAGACUGAAUGCAUGGCUUCCUCAGACAGCAGCGAAGCCAGACAGGAAGUGUCUUCUCAAACCGUCACAUAAAGUUGCAAGUGAAAAGACGUUAAAGAAAAGGUUGAAAAAGGGAAAAAAAAAAAAAGAAGGGAAAAUCUGUCACCAUGCAGUGCGAGAAAAAAUGUAGAAUGCAAUCCGGUCACUUAGAAAGCGCUACUAGCGCUUUUAAAGCUACGCCUUCAGAGCUACGGGGGUGAAAGCAAAUUAAUCAGUUUUACAUUGAAUGACCAACAUUCUUAAAUCCUUACCAUCACCAGAGUGUUCAAUUUCACUAAUGUUGUAUACCUCAAAUGGUGCAAGUGUUUGUUUGUCCGUCCGUCCGUCCCAAACUUCUCCAGUUACAUGAGGCCAUUAUUCAAAAAUGUUCUGUUUCCGGUCCGCCGGGUGAGUGCCGUUUGUGCAGUUGAAAUUUUUUUUUUUUUAACGCCGGUUUUUCGACGUUUUUUUUUUUUUUUUCGGGUUCGUAAAUCUAAAAUCGAACUUGACAUUUCCACAUUCCCAGGGCUUUCCACUAAGGCUCAUACUAGCCAGCCAUGACAAAUAAGUAGCCAGCCAGGGGGGAGUAAACACAAACUCCUGUGCACGCAGUUCCCAGGAUUAAAUGUAUUUUCCACAGACCAUUUAUUUAUUCACUUUACUCAAAUACAAAGUAAAAUGGCAGUAAAUCUUCUUUCUUUUCUUGCGUAUUGCAUCAUGAGGCGUUCCUGGCUUGUAAAUCUCUUAUUUUCAGUGCAUGACACAUUCACGCAGCUGAGCAUGCUAUGAAUUAACAACGACAACGGUCUGCAGUGGGGCUACACAAUUAAACACUCAGCGAACAUUUCUCCAUUUGUGUAUGAAAAUACACUCCAACGACUCAGUUUGGUUUCAUUUACAACCAACGGUGUCUUUUGAUGCCAGCACGUAAUUGAACGAGAGAAGACUGGUUUACCGGAGACAAAAUAAGCGUCAUCUCUGUUUCUGUUCCCUCCGACGGCCCCGACACACUACUGCCUCCACCGAGUGCGCGCACACACCGCAUGUCGGGGCCGCGGAUGAGUUACUCUCCUCUGAUCAACGAAGUCGGCGGGGAAUUUGUGGUUAUUAUCGGUAUAAACCGCGCGAAUCACAACUUAAAUGAGUGCGGUUCAGUUUGACAUUAUUGUCAGUCCGUUAGAUAAACAUUUAAUUUUAUUAAAAUCGAAAAUUAAUAUUUAGAGCCUGUGGGCUACAAAAAUAGUCAUUAAAGUAGCCGGCUGGACUUGGUUGUGUAGUCGGCUGUAUGGCCGGCAGCCGGCGCUUGUGGAAAGCCCUGCAUUCCGCGCAGAAUAUAGAACUGAAUCAGCUCUGCGCAUGCGCCAUGCGGCACAAAAAAAUGGCAGCCACCAUGAAGGAAGCAGAUCCGGAGUUUUCAAACAUUUGCUUAAGUGUGAAAUCGCAAAAUGGUAUUCUAGCGAACAACAAAAUAGAUUCAGAAAAGAUUCAGAAAAACAAAUCAUUCAGUGAUCAUUUUAAUAGUGUAAUUUCAUCCGAACUAGGCCCAACGGUCGAUUUAGAACUACAAAAAGUCCGUGUGUCGGACAUUUUAAGUACCUUUUGUAAAAGUUUUGCAAAUGUUGCAGUCAGCAUUUAAAAUGCUAACUUAGUUUUUGUACAAGUUUCAGUUGAUUAAACUGUCAUUUUAUUAAAUGUGUCUGCUUUUGUAAUAAAGUACUGAAAGAAAAAGCCAACACAGCAUUGCGAUUUCUCAUCCAUCCAUAUAUUAAAAAAAAAAAAUCCCUCCCACCCGACUGAAACAUUUUUUUGCUCACCUGGUGGACAGGAAACGGAUUUUUUUUAAGGAUGGCCUUAAAAUGAUGUCGAAUCUGUAAAUAAGUGUGAAGUAUUGAAUGCUGUUGUACUAAAAUGUUUAACUGUGUAUAGACGAUACGUGUGUGUGUGUGUAAAACAGUACUUGCUCCAUGAGAAUUUUGCUCCAGGUCAAAUUUAAUUGAUGACCUCAGCUCUUGGUAGUAGGACUGAACCACGUGCUCAAAAGUGAACUUAUUGUCUUCUGGAAAACUUUUACUUACUUCAGGAUUGACCUCACUUGACAAAGAUUAUUCCGUUGCACACGAAACAUGCACCAUGAAUGAAUCUUCAUUUUUGAGCACUUUUUUUUUUAAACAGUAUUAUUUGUAAGUUUUCUCAGACUCUGCAGGCAGUGAGAAAACAGGAAGGGUUCUGUUCUAGGAAACAGAGGCUGUAGUAGGCCAUUGAACAGGCCUGCUGCGCUCCGUGUUUCGAUUAUAUAUUUAAUAUAAUGUCAUAAUGAAUAUCAAGUAAUAAUGACUGUGACCUGUUUUAUUUCUUUUCUGUGAACAUGUGGCUAUAUCAGCAUCUGUUUAAUUCUAUAAUGCAUAUGCAGUUUGCCAUUUGUAUAUUGUUAUGCAUCUUGAAUGUUUUCAUAUCAAUAUUUUUAUAUCAAUCUAUU